AAACUGAGUGUUUCAGUCAGUACAUCAUAGCGGUUUGGGGAAGGACUAAGCAAUAUUUAAAUACAUACACGGAAAAACACUUAAUAUCAGUUAAUUGUACAACAUUGAAGCGAAGUAGAACUAGGUGAAAUAAUGGUGACCGUGAUAAGUGCUGUUGCACUAGUUAUAAUACACGGGUGGAUGCAGUUUGGAGCAACGUUGGGUUUUGUGUUGGAUGACCAAUGUACGUGUCCAGCGACCAUAGGCGCCAGCAACGGGUACAAGGUGAUACCUUAUCAGAAGUUGGGGAGCACCGUGAACGUGAUGAACCCAGGGCGAGGCUUCUACCAUCAGGAAGGGACAAACACUAGCCAGUUUCAUAAGCUGACUAACAAUAGCUGGGUGUAUUCGAAAAUGGAUGGCAACCAUAUAAAUGUUGUUUUGAGGAUUUACUUCCUAACAACAUAUAUCGGCAAAGACAUGGACGCAGCAUUUACCAACAAUGUGCGAGCGGACAUGGAAGAGGCGAAACGGAAUGGGUGGUCGGUCAUCCUGAGAUUUGCCUACAACGAAGCAAUCGGAGCCAGAGAUAAUAACCUUAGGCAGGUUCUUCAACACAUCCAUAUGUUGAACAAUAGCCACGUAUUCCAAGAUUACGAAGGCAUCAUAGCUGCUAUACAGGCAGGGUUUAUUGGGGCUUGGGGUGAAUGGCAUUCCUCGACUAGUGACUUUGGUGAAAUUAAUUCAUGUGACGUCGACCUGAGUUCUACAGAAUGGAGCAACAGAAAGAACCUUCUUGAGGCGUUACUAAACGCUGUCCCUAAAAGCAUAGAAAUAUGUGUCAGAAGACCUCUGUUCAAGUAUGGAAUUUGGGGCAAAACCUCUACCACACUACAAGAGGACGAAAGCAUGAAUGACAAGUCUAGAAUAGCUUACCACAAUGAUGCAUUUUUAAAUGGCGACAGCGAUGAAGGCACAUUCCGAUGUCCAAAUGAGAGAGAAAACAUGGAAAACGAUAGUUUGUACAACGUCGUUAUAGGAGAAACAAACAGUGCUAAUCAAUCAAUAAAAAUGUAUGGCUGUCCAAUAGCGAAACAAAGACUGGCGGAAUUACAUUUCUCAAUGUUAAACGGCGGUUAUAAUGAAAACGUUACCAACAGAUGGAAAAGUGACGGAUGUUACCCUGAAAUAGCCGCACAUCUUGGUUACCGUCUGUUUCUGAAACAGGCUGUUCUGCCACCACAAGUGAAGCGUGGUGAAGAACUGUGUUAUAAGAUAGACAUAGGCAAUGAUGGGUAUGCAGCACCACACAAGGACUUUGAGGCCCAUCUCAUGCUGAAAAAUUCGAUUGACGGGCAUCGCUAUAGCGCAGUUAUACCAAUGGACACGAGACGGAUGCAGCCGGGAGCCACGUAUUCCCAAAAGGGCUCCGUCACUGUUCCCGCAACUUUGCCGAAUGGUGACUAUCAGGUUCUCCUCGUAAUUCUGCAUAAAGCCGUUGAAAGAGACAAUUCGUACAACAUGAAGUACAACGUUCUAUUGGCGAACGGUGGUAACGUUCAGGACACUGCACGACGUGAGAACAACCUCAAACACACCAUAACAAUUACGUCUGGCCAAUGUAGCCUUACCACAGAGCCUUUAUUGCGAGGUUGGCCAGCUUCGAUUGGACGUUUCCCGGUUUCAGAUAGGACUGAUAUUUCGACUGGAGGCAGUUCAGGUGGUAGCUGUCAGUCAUCCUUCUCAAUAAAAGAUGGUUCGUUUGAAAGUGGUGGUCAGCAGUGGCAAAGAUAUUCGGGCGGGUUUACGGUAGAAUCCCCAGGCGGCCACGACGGUACAAACUUCAUUCAAGUGACUGAUGGUGGUGCUAGACAAGUGAUUGACUUUUCAUUAUCUCCAGUUACUGAGUUCUACCUCAGUGGAUACAGCCGUUUCAAUUCUGGUUCCUCGGUCAGCAACAGUGCGGAUUACAGUAUAUAUUGUGAUGUUACGCUGACCGAUGGAUCGUCACUGGAUGCCCAACACAAGGAUUUUCCGACUGGGUCUUCCGGCUCUUGGCACCAAAGGGAACUCCAUGUCGUCUCAUCAACACCCAUACGGGAAGCAUGGUGUUAUGCAAUGUUCCGACAUGGCCAUGGAUCAGCUGAUUUCGACCAAUUCAAAUUGACCACGUGUGCAGGUUGCCCAUACUCCUUGAAGGACGGAUCGUUCGAAGGAACAUCCGCAUGGACCCAAUACCAAGGUGGAUACACUUCUCAUGGUACCGCGCCACAAGACGGAAGUCGCUACAUCAGGGUAGCCAACGGUGGGGCGGAGCAGGAUAUACACUUUGACGGUGCACCCGUUACUGAGUUCACCCUGAGCGGCUACAGCAGGGCACACUAUUCUCCGGCCGUCACUAACCCUGACGACUACUCCAUCUACUGCGACUUGGUUUACACAGACGGCAACAGCGGCUAUGGCAAAAUUGCCCGCUUUAGUAUUUUAACGUCCUGGCAUAACGUCUCACUUCACGUGAAAGAAACUAAGCCCAUCAAACAAGCCAACUGUUAUGCUAUGUUCCGGAAUGGCAAUGGUGACGUGGAUUUUGACAACUUCAAACUUGAGUCGUGUGCUUAAUACAAGCAAGAAAAAUAUCAGUCAGCUGGCAUCAAUUAUGUUUAAUAACUGACAAAUAAUUUAAUUGGUUCUAAAUUGAUAUUUUAAACUGUAUACCAACAGUUUGA